GAAAAAAUAGAUGUGAGCCGGCUGACACGGAGGGAUUGUUGUGGGUUUGUGUAUGCAACGAGAAACAAUGUCACAGUUAAAUAAUCUAAAGAGAAAAAGACCGAAUGGGGAUAGUCGCUCCGAGGACGACGAUGACAAUAAUUCGGAUGCUACAUGGAGUAAAUCAGAUCCUCCACGUCUCUGUCCCUACCUCGACACCAUCAACCGACAAUUUCUCGAUUUUGAUUUCGAAAAAUUGUGCUCAGUAUCUCUAUCUCGAAUUAAUGUGUAUGCUUGUCUCGUUUGUGGAAAAUAUUUCCAAGGAAGGGGGACAAAUACACAUGCAUAUACCCACAGUGUUGCUGAGAGUCACCAUGUCUUUUUGAACCUCCAUACGUUGAAGUUCUAUUGUCUGCCUGAUAAUUAUCAGAUUGUUGAUUCAUCUCUGGACGACAUAAAAUAUGUACUCAACCCCACCUUCAAUAAAAUCCAGAUUGUCCAGAUGGACAAGACAGACAAACUGUCCAGAGCCAUUGAUGGCUCCAUGUACUCCCCAGGAAUCGUUGGUAUGAAUAACAUAAAGGCCAAUGACUAUUGCAAUGUUGUUUUGCAGGCCCUGUCCCAUGUCAGUCCACUCCGAGACUUUUUCUUGAGAGAAUUCAAUUAUUCCAAAGUGAAACGACCACCUGGCGAUUCUUCUUACCUUCUCGUCCAACGAUUUGGGGAGUUGAUGCGGAAAUUAUGGAAUCCACGAAAUUUCAAGGCCCAUGUGAGCCCUCACGAGAUGCUCCAGGCUGUAGUUUUAUGGAGCAAAAAGAGAUUUCAGUUCACGGAACAAGGAGAUCCUGUUGAUUUUCUUUCAUGGUUUCUCAACGCCCUACACCUUGCCCUCAAUGGCAGUAAAAAGCCAAAUUCGAGUAUUAUUUACAAGACAUUCUUAGGUCACAUGAGGAUAUACACUCGAAAAAUUCCACCCCUUGAGCUUGAGGAGAGCCAGAGAAGUGAGUUACUGAAUACUGUUGAAUAUGGUGAGACUGUCACAGAGAGUCCAUUUUUGUAUUUAACUUGUGAUUUGCCACCUCCACCAUUAUUCAAGGAUCAAUUCACGGAGAAUAUAAUUCCUCAGGUGAAUCUUUACACACUCUUGAAUAAAUUCAAUGCAGUCACAGAAAAGGAGUACAAAACCUACAAGGAGAAUUUUAUGAAGCGAUUUGAGAUUACAGAGCUUCCGCCUUAUCUAAUCCUAUACAUAAAAAGAUUUACGAAAAAUACGUUUUUCGUUGAGAAAAAUCCAACAAUUGUGAAUUUCCCAGUCAAAAAUGUGGAUUUUGGGGAUAUAUUGACGCCGGAAGUGAAGGAAAAGCAUCCUUGCUCCACGUACGACCUAAUCGCCAACAUUGUUCAUGAUGGUGAACCUGGUCAGGGGACGUACAGGGUUCACAUUCUGCACAAAGCUACGGGUCAAUGGUAUGAACUACAGGAUCUCCAUGUCACGCCAAUUUUACCUCAAAUGAUAACCCUGACUGAGGCGUAUAUUCAGAUCUAUGAAUUGAGAAAAGAACCUGGAGCAGCGUGUAAUACACCUCAGGAAAAAUCCAGGACUUGACUCACACCUCGUUUUAAUUUCAAUUGUCAAUAAAUACAAUUAUAAAAAAUCGUGAACAAUUAUUUCCUUGCUUAGGUUUUGAAGACCA